AAAUAGGCCUACUUAUUUAAUAUAGUUUAGAAUUAGGCCCAUGAUGGCAAGUGCACUUGUAUUGUUGCUCGUGGUAGUUUGUUGCAAGUCAGUACAAUCUGAAUUCGCAUUCUCUUGUGAUGAAAACAUUAUAGCAGUUUCACCCCCAGUUGUCAAUGAAACUUCUUACGGAUAUCAUAUCCGCAUUAGCAUUGAAGGUCGAAAUGAAACACUUGAAGCAUAUGAGCUUUCCAACCCAGAGAAUGGAUCUCUUCUUCUCUACGUUAAUUAUCCUAAUGAAACCAACGUGAAUCAGUGGAUAACUGAAAUGAUCAAUCAUGAUUACAAAUACAAUCAGACGUUUCAUGUAAUUGGUGACUGGGGUGCCGAAAACACAUGUACUGUCUCAGAUUUGAUGCAUAAUGAAACUUACAGUAUAUUUGGUAUGGGAAUAGAGAAUGGGUUCCAGAACCCUGAGUUCUCCUACAAAUGGACUGGAGAUUAUAACUACACCAAAGGAAAUGAAACUAUAGUGAAUGGUAUACGGGCAGAUGUGUAUUCAACUUGUCUAUUGUUCAACAACAGUCAAAUGAAAUAUGAUGUGGAUUUGUAUUUCAGUCAAGAUGAAUGGAAUAUAUGGAGUGGCAAAAACUCUCCUCUUAUGGUUGUGCUAAAGGUAAAUAGGACAGUUGAUGGAGGAAGCACAUUCGAAUCUGAGAAAUAUACCUAUUCAUUCACGUCCUACCAUUUUAAUGAUACUUCUGGGAAACAUUCAGCAAGAAUGCCUGAGUCUUUAAUUUGCCCAGGCCGAAAAGACACCAUUGAUUUUCCGUAUGUGGGGUACAAUUAUGCAGUAUCUCAGGAGAUUAUAAAUAAAGAAAAAAAGAGCAUUUUAUCGUGGAGACAACAUUAUAACUACGAUGAAAAAUUAUAUAGAGUUGAUUUUCUUGCACCUCGGAAUUUUUCUAGACCUCAUGCUCCAAAACUGUUUCACCAUCGUUACACUGUCAUUCAUGAUUUUGAAUCUGGCAUUGAAUAUCUGAUGGAUAGAGAAGUGGGAAAUUGUUCAGUCGGACCUAUCACAAACUCAACAAUGUGGAGUCAUUUUGAUGUGGAAGCUGAUCCCACCCAUCCUGGAUUUUUCAGGAUGAGAAACAUAAUUGCCUUUCUUAACAAGUUGAACAUGACAUACACGGGUCGACACAGCUCGUUCCAUACUGGUAUAACGUAUGAUUCAUGGACCUCUGCCGUACCCUAUAAGACAGAGGGUUCAUGGGGCUCACUUGAAUUAAAAGAAACAUAUAAGUUCACGACUGUGGAUUGGACUAACGGUGAUUUAACACCUGUACCUAUUGGAGUCAAAGUAUCAAUGAAAAUUAAGAGCAACGGCACAGUCAAGAAUAAUGAUAUCAUGAUUCAUAUGUCCAAUGUCAUGAGUAUAGGCCAUGCACUUCAUGCAUUUGAUAUUGGAAUGUGUCAGAAUUAUGACAACAGUAAAACAAUUGUCCUCAAAUUUUCGGAUAAUUACGCACAAUACCUUUCAGAAUAUUCUACAGAACUUGAUGUUGCUAUACAAAAGGCUGUAGCUAAUGCAGCUAGAGUAUCCAAAAUCAGAGUGUCAUCGUACUCGAGCAAGGAAAUUGGACCUGAUCAGUCAUCUGGCAAAGACGGUGCAGAUUGGAGAGUGUUUAUAACAGUAACUCUUUAUGAUCAACCAAAUUUUCAUGGUAAUACAUCUGAAUACUCUCCCAGUAUCAAUCUGACUGAAGCUGUUAGCAAACUGAAAAAAGCAGUCUCGAACAACAUUCUAAGCAUCAAAUUUAAAAUAUUCUCUGGAGAGACCAUCACUAUGACUGCUUACCCCGACUAUUUUAUGGAACGUAGUGAAUUAUACUCACCACCACCAAGCUCUGUAACAGCUGGUCUUUCAAAUGGGGCUAUUGCAGCCAUAUGUAUCGCUAUGACACUUGUUGGAUUUAUCGCUGGAGCUCUUGUCUGCUUCUUCAAAAACAAACGUAGUAACAGGCAGUUUGGAUAUGGAAUACAGGACUAAUCACAGUUGCAAGAUGGAUACUUUCCAACCAACUUAAACUUGAGACAAGUGUAUAAUUUCUCUUUAAGCUUGGAUUGAAUUUUUGCUAUAUUGUGACUCUAUCAUCUGCAUGACAACUAAAUACCUGUUAUUUUACCAUAUAUUUUCAUCCUGAACAGAUUCCUUACUAUUUUACCUUAAUCUCCAAAUAUUAAGUAGCUCUGUCAAUGCCGGAGAGUACUAAAAACAAACUAAAAUAUACCAAUUGUUGUUUAAAUACUCUUCUGUCCUGAAAAAUUCUUGAGCAGCACGAACUCAUUUAAUUGAAAGCAUUAUUAUCUUUGUCAUCAAUAAAUACAAUAAACUUUGAUUAUUAACCAGAAAAACAUUAGUUUUGUUGCAAUGUUGCUUUUUUCUCAGAUAAUAUUAUACCAAAUUUUAAUGUUUGAACUAUGCUUACUUUGUGUUGGUGAAACUAUGCCUAAUUGUAUAUUACAUGUAUCUGUUUGUCACAGCAUUUUUUUCUUGCUCCUGCAGUUGAAAUGAUCGUUUUGUGCAAUAGUGAGAUAAUAACAAAAAAUUGCUUUGGAUAAUGAUUUAUACUGUCACAGAAUAUUGCAAAUAUUAUGAAACUUUUUUGUAGCACUACAAAGGCAUUGGAACACUGUUGACAUUAUUAUCGUGGUUAGUUCCUUUGCCAAUAAUCUUGCCUUUUAAAUGUAACUUUUAUAUAGGUUCCAACCAAAAUGCUUGUCUGUGAUCCACCACAAAAACAUUGAAUUCCGUGAACUACUUUGUAAUUCUUUAUACUUUUCUAUAAUCCUUAUUCUUACAAAUGUGUCUUAUUUAAUAUCAGGGAUGUCCAAAAGGAAUUCAUUAUAUUCGAUAUAGUAAAUAUUUGAAUUCAGGAAUAAUUUAAUCAAAAAUAACAUUUUUAUUUAAAGAUCGGGAUUUUAAGCUGCCAGACAAGUAGAUCAAAACAUACUAUAUCUCAACUGGUAGGAAACAACACAGUGGAAAAACAAUGACCUUUUAUAUUUAUGUUGUUUUAGAUGAUCAACAUGAAAAAUAUAGUGAUUGAUGUCAUUUUUAUUAUGAAUUGGCCCCCAAUUUAGAAUGUAUUCAAUACUCCAUAUUGAAAAUAUUUUCUCAGAAUGUAUUCGAAAUAGUGAAAUAUUCAGUUUUAGACAUCCCUGUCAAGUAUACUAUAAAACCCAUUGUUGCAUGUAUUGAAUCAUGAAUAUUUUACCGUAACUUUGUAAACUUAAAAUAAACAAAACUGGUUGUAUUUGCCAAUAAAAUGAAAAAUUAUUUAACAAUUUUUUAUAAUGUAUGUCACACAUCUUGUCUCUUAUUUUUAAAAUCAUUUUAAAUGAUAAUAUCCAAUAAUUUACUCAUUGAUACACACAACUUGUUGUAAUUGGACCAUCAUUCGCCUUGAGUUUCUUUGUAUGUUUAUAAAUAGUGUCUGAACUUUGUUGUUCCAUCAGUUUCUUUGUAUAUUGCCUGUGUAUUCUUUAAACAAUUAUGUAUGAAAUAAAAUAAAUUUUUGGUGGCAAAAA